AUGAAAUACAUCCUCUUUGCCUACGUACUCCAGUGUCUAGCAUUUUCAAUACUUGCUGGUAAAGAAGAUUUGUGUAAAGCUCAAGCCACUUUUGAGCUGGGAGGAUUAUAUAAAAAUGGAGACAUUAUGUUAGGUGGAAUAUUUACUGCAAAUUUUAAAACUAUACCCCCAGAGCUGUCCUUCAGGUCCAGACCUACUCAACUUACAUGUGAAGGUUUUGAAAUUUCAUCAUUUCAAAAGGCACAAACUAUGGUCUUUGCAAUUGAGGAAAUAAACAAGAACCCAGACCUUCUGCCAAACAUAACACUUGGGUACCAGCUCUAUGAUAACUGUGUGAGUCUUCCAGUAGCUCUUCGAGCAGCAACUACUCUCAUCAGUGGUGAAGACAAUGUUCAAUCUGAUUUCAUGUGUCAGGGACCUCCUCCAGUGGUUGCCAUUGUUGGGGAUCCCGUGUCAACAUAUUCUAUUGCUAUUCUACGGCUGCUGACUCUUUUCCAAAUACCUAUGGUCAGUUAUUUUUCAACCUGCUCCUGCUUAAGCAAUAAACAAGAAUUUCCAACAUUCUUUAGGACAGUUCCUGCUGAUGCCUUUCAGGUUGAAGCUGUGAUUCAAAUUAUUAAACGUUAUGGAUGGACUUGGGUGGGUGCUUUAGCAACAGAUGAUGACUAUGGGCAAUCUGCUAUCAAAAUCUUUCUGGAAGAAUUCCAGAAAUAUGGAUGCAUUUCUUUCACAGAAACUGUUCCAUCACUUACUGAAAGUAAAAUUAUUUUGCGAAUUGUGAAAUCUAUUAAACAGUCCACAGCAACUGUUAUAGUUAUAUUUUCUUCAGAAGAAGAAUUAACUCCUUUAAUAAAAGAAGUUGUUCGUCAAAAUGUUACAGGCAAACAGUGGAUUGCCAGUGAAGCGUGGAGCACUUCAUCUGUAAUAGCCAUCAAAGAAAAUUUUGCCUCAUUUGGAGGAGUAAUAGGCAUUGCCAUACGCAGAGGAGAAAUCCCAGGGCUUCACAAAUUUCUUCUGCAAAUCCGUCCAGAUUUUGACCCCAAAAAUAACUUGUUGAUUCAAUUUUGGGAAACAGUGUUUGGUUGUAAAUUUUUUGAAAAUGGAAGCGAUGUGACUUGGUCUGACUUGGAAGGUUUUAAAGCAUGCACAGGAUUUGAAGACAUUAUAAGUAAAGAAACAGCCUAUAGUGAUGUAUCUGAGCUAAGAUCCUCAUAUAAUGUGCAUAAGGCGGUCUAUGCCUUGGCGCAUGCUCUACAUAACCUAAUGUCUUGCAAAGAUGGACACGGGCCUUUUGAGAAUAGCAGCUGUGCAAAUAUCAAGAAAGUGCAAUCCUGGCAGCUUUUUCACUACCUAAAAGAAGUGAACUUCACUAAUCAUUUAGGAGAAACAAUAGUUUUUGACAAAAAUGGCGAUCCUCUUGCUGUAUAUGACAUUGUUAACUGGCAGCAGGAUAGAGAUGGGUCUAUUAAAAUUCGAAAUAUUGGAAUUUUUGAUGCAUCAAAGACAACCGGAUCCAAGCUGUUUAUUAAUGAAGAUACAAUCUUUUGGAAUUUUAAACAUGGAGCUAUACCAAAGUCAAUUUGCAGUGAAAGCUGUCAACCAGGAACAAGAAAAUCAGCCAGGAAAGGACAGCCAUUUUGCUGUUUCGAUUGUAUACAGUGUGCGGAUGGGGAAAUCAGCAGUAAAACAGAUUCCACUGAAUGUGUGAAAUGCUCAGAUGAUUACUGGUCUAAUGAUAGAAAAACUGACUGUGUUUUAAAAGAAAUUGAUUUUCUCUCUUAUGAUGAUGCAAUGGGAGCCACCUUAUCUACUAUCUCAGCAUUUGGAGCUUGCCUAUCAUUUGGGGUGUUAGUCAUAUUCAUCCACUACAGACACACCCCGGUGGUCAAAGCCAAUAAUUCUGAGCUUAGUUUCCUGUUGCUGUUGUCACUCACCCUCUGUUUUCUUUGUGCGUUGUGUUUUAUUGGAAAACCCUCUGAGCUAACAUGUAUGAUAAGACAUGUGGUAUUUGGCAUCAGCUUUGUUGUGUGCAUAUCUUGCAUUCUUGUCAAAACUAUUGUUGUAAUUAUGGCCUUUAAGGCAACACUUCCAGGCAAUAAUAUGGUCAAAUGGUUUGGUACUUCUCAACAGAGAGGCACUGUAUUCUUUACAGCCUUCAUUCAGUCCAUUAUAUGUUUAAUAUGGCUAACGACUGCUCCCCCUGUACCAAAUAAAAAUACAAAGUACCAAAAUUCCAAAAUAAUAUUUGAGUGCCAUGUUGGGUCUUUAAUUGGUUUUAGUUGCCUUUUGGGUUAUGUUGGCUUGCUGGCUUGCAUUUGCUUUCUUUUAGCUUUUCUUGCAAGAAACCUACCAGAUACCUUCAAUGAGGCCAAAUUCAUCACAUUCAGCAUGCUCAUCUUCUGUAUGGUCUGGAUAACGUUUGUACCUGCUUAUAUCAGCUCUCCUGGAAAACAUACCGUAGCAGUGGAGAUAUUUGCAAUCUUGGCUUCCAGCUUUGGUCUUCUUCUUUCAAUUUUUGCUCCUAAAUGUUAUAUCAUUCUUCUGAGACCAGAACUAAACACAAAGAAAGCCUUAAUGGGCAGAGCAGGUUCAAAGAAGUAA